UUCACAGUUGCACCCAUACAUGCUAUAUAUUGCCCUAUAUAAUUGAAGGUGGCGCGAUCAUUUAGGUGAAUGUCUCAAUCCAUCCAUCCUUUGGGCGAUCAUUUUAUUUCAUUUCCUCCCCCAAAUCUCUCUUCCCCAGCUCCAAGUUAUCACAGUCCACUCAGAUCGAUCCCUCUCUAAUAUGGCUUCCAUUACCAAGGAGAUUGAGAUGGAGAUUCUCCCAUUCAUCCGCAUCUACAAGGACGGCUCUUUUGAUCGACUCGCGAACUCUCCCAUUGUGCCCCCUUCCCUUGAUCCAGAUCUUGAAACUGGCGUCUCUUCAAAGGACAUCGUCAUUUCACAGGACCUUCCUAUCUCUGCUCGUCUCUACCUCCCAAAACUCGACCAAACCCACCUCCAAAAGCUCCCCAUCUUGGUUUACUUCCACGGCGGAGGCUUCUUCUUCGAGUCUGCCUUCUCCCAUGACCACCAUCGGUACCUCAAUAGUUUGGUUGCUCAAGCACAAGCUGUGGCUGUUUCGGUGGAGUAUAGGCUUGCUCCUGAGCACCUCCUCCCCAUUGCCUACGAAGAUUGCUGGGCCGCCCUCCAAUGGGUUGCUUCCAACUCCAUAAAUAGCACUACUGGUUCCGAUUGCCAAGAGCCAUGGUUGAAUCACGCGGACUUUAAACGACUUUUCAUUGGUGGAGAUAGUGCAGGAGCCAACAUCGUGCACAAUAUGGCCAUGCGAGCUGGCGUCGAGAGCUUACCUGGUGAGGUUAAAAUUCUAGGAGCCUUUCUUACCCACCCGUACUUCUGGGGUUCAGACGCAAUAUCAGGGUCCGAGAUGGAUCAGCCCAGUGCAAGUCACACGAUCAUGAACAAAGCUGUGCCCAACUUUGUUUGGAACUUUGUAUACCCAUCUGCACCUGGCGGUAUUGAUAAUGCAAUGAUCAAUCCCACGUUUCCAGGAUCGCCGAGCUUGGCUGGACUUGGGUGCUCUCGAUUGCUCGUGACUCUGGCCGAGAUGGACGUGAUGAGGGGUCGAGGUGUUGCUUACUAUGAUGCAGUCCGGAAAAGCAGCUGGGAAGGAGAAGCUGAGUUGGUUCAAGUGAACGGAGAGGAUCACGCUUUUCACAUCUUGCAUGUUUACAAUCAGAGUGCCAAGGAUUUGAUCAAACGCUUGGCUUCUUUUCUUAAGUAGUUUUUUUUUUUCUUCAAUUAUGUUUUGGAAGGUGGGACAUGGUUUGUUGGUAAAAUACACAGUAAUAAGAUAAAAAGCUAAAAUAAAGUUAAAACUACUAAUCUUCACAUGACUCGAACUAACUUUAUGUCUGAUCUACACAAGUAAUUGAGCUAAAAACUACACCCUCUCUAAUCUCCCAUGGAUGUUUCUUGAGAGAAUGUAAAGUUGAACAUUCAAUAUAUAUAGUUGGUGAACGCUCAAGAUUAGAUUAUGGUGUUGAGCUCAAAGUAAACUAUCACGAUUUCUGCAUUUUUAUCCUAAAAUACAAAGAAGCCUAAUAGACUAGAGCCCUUUUGUUUUGAUUUUAUCUUACAAUUAGUUGAGUGGUCGUUUCCGUUUACAGGACACCGUCAUGGUGAGUGCAGAUUAUUACUAAACUGAAUCUGAAAUUGCAUCUCUCUUGGCAGAUGAGAAGGUCCCAAUCGGCGUUGGACGGAACACAAAAGUUAGGUGACCGCCCUUGAAAAUCAAGUAUCCUCCUUAAAUCUAGAUUUAAUCAUGUGAGAGAGAAUAGUUCUGACCAUGUUCGUUAUUUUCCUUCGAAGGAAUUGUAUAAUCGACAAGAAUGCAAAAUGGGG